GCUAAUACGUUUCUUAAGCAAUUUUAAUCAAACGUGACAUAUGAUUUUAACUAGUUUUAAUAUUAUUUUUACACCUCAAAAUUUCUGGGUAUUUAUAUUUAUUUUAUUGGUCGCUGAUUUGAAAUCCAACUAUCCACACGUCAUUUGACAACCAACAAGUGAUUGACGUGACGAUUUUGAUUUCUUCCACAACGAAAUUUCUUUUUGCCGAUUGUGUCCGUGAAAUACGACGAAAAAUGCAAAUACCAAAUGAAUAUGUUUCUACAGCAGAGGAUUUUGCAGAUCAAGUAAUACGUAAGGGCAAAAAUGUAUUGCCAACAGUGGCGAGGUUAUGCCUCAUAUCGACGUUUCUUGAAGACGGACUUCGUAUGUGGUUUCAAUGGUCGGAGCAGCGGGACUACAUGAACAUGUCGUGGGGCUGCGGCGUCUUCCUCGCAACCAUGUUUGUGAUAAUAAACUUAGUGGGUCAGCUCGGUGGCUGUGUGAUGGUGUUAGGAAGACUAAAGGUUGAAAUUGCCUGCGGUGUGCUUUUCUUCAUAGUUGUACUUCAGACAUUUGCAUACAGUAUACUAUGGGACUUACAGUUCCUACUAAGGAACUUGGCACUCAUCGGUGCGCUGUUGUUAGUCCUGGCCGAAGCACGAGGUGCUGAAGGACGCAGUCUUUUCGCGGGCGUGCCCAGCCUCGGCGAGAACAAGCCCAAGACUUACUUGCAGUUGGCUGGCAGGAUACUGCUCGCGUUUAUGUUUAUCACGCUCUUGAGAUUUGAAGUCACAUUUAUACAGAUCGUCCAAGACUUACUGGGCAGUAUACUGAUGAUCCUGGUGACGGUGGGCUACCGCACCAAGCUGUCGGCGCUGAUGCUCGUCCUGGUGCUUACAGUCCUCAAUCUGUACCACAACGCGUGGUGGGCAGUGCCCUCGUACAAACCUCUUAGGGACUUCCUCAAAUAUGACUUCUUCCAGACGCUAUCCGUGAUCGGUGGUCUGCUGAUGAUAGUGUACUUGGGGCCGGGCGGCGUCAGUAUGGACGAGCAAAAGAAAAAGUGGUAGGAGCGGCCGCGGCACGGCCCGCGCCUGCGCAGAGACUCUUGAAAUUUACGCUAAGAUUUGUUAUGUGGUGCGAAAGAAGCGGACAAUUAUCAUCAGUGCCCAAACAAAACUAGUCGGCGACAGAAUUACAAUCACUGUUUCUUAUUUCAACCUCUUGUGCGAUUUACUGUUAUGUAAAUUCUAUUAUAUAAGGGUGAGGUCGCACUGCAAAUUUUCACCACGUCAUUUUUUCUAACCAAUGCGGUAAUACGAUAAGGAAAUGAAUUAAACAUUCAAGAUUUUUUUUUAAUAUAUAUAAUAAUAGAAACGCGGCGAGUUGAAAAUUCGCAGUGCGUAUAUACUCUCUAUACUCUUACUCAUAAAACCUCCUACAACUGUUUUGUCAUAUUCUUUCUGAUUAAUAUAAUAGUUUGAAAGAAAACGACAACACAGUUUGAUUAAUAAAAAAAAAAUUAUUUGACGUUUUUAUUAUAAGAGAGCGUAAUAAAAUAAAAUUAUCGCAAUUGUUGAUUUUAUUUUCAUAUAUUUAUAUUUUUGUUACUAAAUUGAAUAUGCCUGUGAUUGUUGUGAAAGUAAUUAUAUAUAACAUAAAUCUGUCGUCAUUUUAGAUUUUAUAAAAUAUUUAAAUGUUUGUCAAUUUUGUAUAAUUCUGCCAAGACAACGUGGUUGGGAGUUGUAUACAUACAUUGAAAUUAUGUUUGUUUACUCUUAUAUCUGCAUCUUCCAGAUUCCACAUCUCUAAAAUCAUAAGAACUAUUGAGACUGUCCUAUUUAUAUAAGUAAAUUUUAAUACUUAAACAGUAAUUGUGAAUUCUGACGCUUUCUAUAUAAAUAUUUUCAGCACACAUCUACCGCAUGUUACGUUGUGAAAUAUAUCAUUAUCUCGUAUGAAUUGCUUUCCUCCUCCCCACAUAUAAGUGAUAUUAGUGGAAUGUUAUAUUUUGUAUGAAGUGUAUGUUGGACCGGUGUUGUGGCGCAAUAGCUUUAGAAUUAAGAGAAAAUUCUGUACGGGCUCCCCGUGGGCAUAGACAACUGGUAAACACAAUUAUUAAAAAUAUAUAUGUUUGUCUAUUUGAUAUUUUAUUACUGCUGCAAAUUAAAAUAAAAAUGAGCCUUGUUUAUAGAAGCUUAGAGAAAAAAAUUAGUUUACCUUCACAUAUUUACGGCAGCACCACUAUUAUUAAAGCAACCACUGUGCUCAUAAAAAUCUCAAUUCAUUGGACGUUAAUUGAAUAAAUUUAUUUCCUGUUUACCACUUGCCUUAGUUCUUUGAUGCUAAUGGUCAGCGAAAUUAACAAAAUUGGACAAGAGCUAUCUUUAUAUAUUGUUAAAAUAGCGUGUUUUUGUAAAAAUAAAAAUAAUAAUAUAGUUAGUGACGUGUAAGACCAUUGAAAAUGUGACUAUAGAAAGUAAAGUGUCUGGAGCGUUGCAGGGCCGCCACCAAUCGGUCCUUACGGAAUUAAUGUUUCAUUCCGAAUUAUUUCUACCUGUUGUGAUGUCAAUGUAAAUAUAUAUUUUGUACUUAUUGACGAAACCAACUGUAACUGUAUGGACUCUGAAUGUUAUGAGAUUUAUGACCAUAGAUAUGAAAUAUAUAGAGAUAAAUUAAUUCCAGUAGCCUUAAGUGAAAUUAGGCUAUCAUCACAAAUUUUAUUUGAAGGUUAAUUUUUAUUUUUAUUAUAUCCAAUUUAAUCUUUACACAUCAAAGUAUUUCGAAGACAAAUAUUUUUAUAGUAUUUUUUCUAUUUAAUAUU